UAAAUAUUCAUCACAGUGACGUCGCCUACUAUAAAUAUUCAUGAGAUGAACACGCGCGUGCGCACGAAGAUCACCUCUGACCUGUCCCGUCCAUUUUGGAAAAAGGUAAACAUGCGUUGACUUGUUUACGGCGUCCGGUCGACAAAUGGAGCAAAUUUAGAUGGUUUCCUUGAUGUUGUGUCCUUAGUGUAAAUUAGAAGAGUUUAUUAGACGAUCGGAGCUAUCGCUAGGAUCCAAAAUAAGAAAUGUCAACCAUUUCGGAUCGUGAUAGCUAGGUUGUGUGUGAAAAGAGCCUGCUGGUCAACUCGGUGAUUCAAUCAAGUUCAACUUGAAACUUGAAUUGAAAAGUGCCAUUCAUUUCGCCCUCUCCAGAAAGGCAAGGCAAAGCAAGAUGUCGGCGAAGGAAUGGGCACAGUUAGUGUGCACAACAGAUAUCAACGCUCAAAUCAUUCCUAUUCGAGGAGAUAAAUUCACCAUUGGAAGAGCUCAGAGUUGUGAUCUUAGUCUCCCAAGUAACAAGUUAAUAUCCGGGCAGCAUUGUGAGAUUACUAGAAAUAAUGAUGGGUCUACGUUACUAAAAGAUACAAGCACGAAUGGGACGUUGAUAAAUUCAUCACAGCGUGUCUCCAAAGGAAAGGAGCAUAAACUUCAGCAUGGAGAUGAGAUUUUUCUGGUGUUCAGAAAAGAUGACAAAUCGAAAAAUGUUGCCUACAUGUUUCAAGAUCUCAGUCAGCUCUUGGAUGAGACUCUACUCAAUGAAGAACGAGGUGCAUGUGAAGAGAGUGAAGGAGAAUGCACAGAUGAAUAUGAGUAUCAGCAGGUAGAGUCUGAUACCAGACCAACGAAUGCGGUCAUGAAGAGACCAGCCACUUCGGCGGAUUCAGGUGGUGCUGUACCAGCUAAGAGACACUGCGAUGAACAGAGUCAGAUGGUGAAGCCUGGUGCUGCGUGUCACAUCAGGGAUUCCGAUACUACCUCUGUAGCCUUAACUGAUGCUGUGCAAGGCCCAGGCCACACUGAUAUCCAACCUGAAACAGAUAAACCAACUGUUUCAACCAGCGUCACAACUAGCAAUAAAACCUUACCUGGAAUUACAACAGUCACCAGUAAAGCAGCUGUUUCAGGGGUAAACACCCCAGCUGGAAUUGGAACAGCAAUUGGCGUUACCACUGCUACAAGCCAAUCAGCUAUUGGAGUAGUAAUGGCUGUUGAUUCCCCAGGUGAAGUGCCUUCUGCAUCAAAUGGAAGUGAAUCUGUGCCAUCUUAUGAGGGAAUGGCAGGUACUUUGGUAUGCAGUAUAUGUCAAGACAUCUUCCACGAUUGCGUCAGUCUUCAGCCUUGCUUGCAUUCAUUCUGUGCAGCUUGUUAUACUUCUUGGAUGGAUAUAUCAAAAGAAUGUCCCACGUGUCGCAAUAAUGUUGAGAGAAUAAGCAGAAAUUUCAUCGUCAACAAUCUUGUGGAAGCAUUUGUUAAAGAGCAUCCUGAUAAAAAGCGAAGUGAAGAAGAAACAGCUGAAAUGGAUGCUAAGAAUAAAAUCACAAGGGAUAUGAUGACUCUGCCCAAAAAAGAGCAAGCCGAUGUCGUUGAAGUAUUCAGCAUUAGUGAUGAUGACAUGUCGGGUGAAGACAGUGAUGACCAUGAUGAAAAUACGUUCUUCUCCUUCAGGGAUCAUAUUCUUAACACCUUCGGACCUUUUGGCGUUCGUAACCAACAACCUCAACGGCCGCCAGACCCUACGUGCCGCCAGUGUCCAGGAUAUAACGGAGCUCUGUCUGGUGUUGGGUCAAACAACACGCCUGGAACCUCAACUGGUGUUAACAGUCAGGUAGGUACAUCCACUACAGGAUCUGCUGCACCCUCAACCAGCCAGCUUGGGUCAUCAUCAGGGUUGCCGACGAACCCUAAUCAACCCCUGUCAAGCACAGCUGCAGCUUCGAGCUCUGAUGGUAGCGUCACCCGAGGGCACCGAUUGAAAGCGAUCGUGGGCGACUCCGUCCUGAUGCCUAAUGCUCCUCCGUAUCAAUGCCUUCCUGGUGCUAAUCACUUGAUGUGUAGCUGUUGUCGAUCUCACAUGCCGGACAGGAGGCAGGAAUACUUUGCUAACCCCAGAGCUGUGCCUUCACAAAAAUGUGAUAUAUGUGGAAAUUUCUUCUGUCAUCUGUACUGGGGUUGUGAGAAGUUUGACUGUUAUGGCUGCCUUAAUAAGUUUGGAGAUUUAUUCUUUGGAAAAAAGUGCCUUGGUAAUCUCAUCCUAAAGAAUGCAUAUGAAUCAGAUAUACUAAAGAGUCACUUGCAAAGGAACAAUCUAACAUGGAAAGAUGUUUUACAAACCUGCAUGACUAAGCUUGACAGUGGGGAAUAUUCUUGUGAAGCUGGAGUUGUUCACAGAAUUACAUCAGCAAACACUGUCUGUUACCAUUGUGGCCUGAAGAACUUCCAGGAACUGGCAUACCAGUACAGGAAGGAUAUCCCAAGAGACCAACUACCUAUGCAUGUUGUAGCCAGACCAGAUUGCCACUGGGGAAGUAAGUGCCGGACACAAGUCUGCAAACUCCACCAUGCUACAAACUUCAACCACAUCUGUGAACAAACAAGAUUUUGAAUACAAUACUCAUGCAAGUCGGCAAGUUUCAAGUAAGGAUGUAUGUUGUGGUGUUACAUGUUACAACGUCUUUAAGUCUUUGAAGAAUAAUGUCACUUGUGUUUGUAAGACAAAGAUAUCAUGAUUAGUAACUUUGCAGAGAAAAAAGUUUCCUUGUCAAAAUCAGUCAUUCAGGCUGAAAAUGUUUAAAUUGUAACUUGUAUUUGCCGGGUAAUUGUGCUUAAAUUGUCCAUACUUUAAUUUCUUACGUGUGUUGUUGCAACACACUAACUGUUGUAGCUGGACCGACAGUAAGAAAUGAGCUGUAGACCAUGACUUAAUUUCCUAGAACUGAUGAGUACAGGUGUUGGCAGUACACCUUUGACCCUGGUCUCUGUAGAGAAGUAACUUUUUUAAAGGAGGCAAUGCUAUGUAAUCUUAUUUAAAAAACUGUAAAGAACGUGUGGGAGUACACAAGAAUCUUUCUUAAAUUUUGUAGAUGUACAUUUCCUUUUUUGUUUAAAGUAAACUAUGCACCCUUAAGCAAUCAUCACAACCUUCAUCUUCCACUGCAUCCUCAUCCCAAGGCAACAUUACCAACUGAAGACUCCCUCGUCACCACUUAAUUCCGUCAUUCCCCUUAACCUCCCCAUCGUCUUUAUCUGCAUAAUUUUGACCCACAGCCACACAUUCCCAAGAAUGCAUCCUUCCUUGUGGAGCAUUCCUUUAUUCUUUUCUCUGUCCCUGCACUUAGAUGCUCCCCAUUUACUUCGUGGAGCACCCCAGUCUGUAUAAUUCUCAUAUGGGGUCACUUUUAUUUUCCCGUUUUUGUGCUGUUCAUGGUCUCCAUAAGUUGACGAAAUGAGCACACCCUCUUCCUUUCAAUAAAUCCUGCCGUUUUCCUCCCUCAUCUCUUACAUUAUAAUAAUUGUCCUUUCCCUCUCAUAACCAUGCUCGUCCGUAUCUACUUUCUCACCAUUUUAUAUCGUAUGUACUCCCAAGAUGUCUUAUUUUUGAUCCCAAGUCAACCUCCCUAUCUUGGUGGAUGUGUUUAUAAAUAACCUCCACAAUGCCUCAAUUAUAAAAGCAUCUGCGGCUAGUUUCUAUUUUUAGACUCGGAUGAAAUUGGGUCUGGCGAGGUAUCCCUGAGACUGUCUGUUUCUUUAUCCGAUAGACCCCGAUCAAGUAUAAUGGGCAGAGGAGAAUUUGUUAUAGCUAAGGAAUAGCACCUGCUCAUACGUCUCGAAAUUAAAUUACUCUCUGCCUUUUAAACCGUGGAGGCGAAAUUAAAGCACACAUUCAAUAAUAUUAUGUAGUAGCAUCUUAACCCAGGUUUUGUAUAAGUAAUUAAAAUGGUGGUCUGUGUUUUAUUCUUGUGAGCAUUUUUAAUAUAGUAUUUCUUCAGUUGAAAACGAGUGGGAGAAAAUUAUGUUGCUCUGAGCUCUCAAGCUACACUGUAAAACCUCUUGGGUUUGAAUGGCCCGAAUUUCCGGUCCCACGAUUCGGCUGUGUCGACAUGUAGAUUCGGCUGUGUCGACAUGUGUAUACAUGUAAAGGCCGAAACAUUGUUAGUAACCGUGAAUUCGAAAUUGCUACUGUUUGAAGAUUGAUCUGAACACGGUAUAAAUAGUUCGGUCUGUCAUUUUGUUAAAAACCUGGUUUCAAAGAGGCUCUUCAAUAAUAAAACGCUUAUACGAAAGCAAUGUGGAUACACACUUUAUGUCAAAUUUUACUGUCCAGUCUUAAACCUGUAUACUGAAAAACAACAUUAUUGUUAAAACUCUUAAAUAAGGUCAUUCUUUGUGACGUUCACUUUCACGAAAUGUCAUAUCUGACCAAUAUCCCGUUUUUUUUUGUUCUUUGUUGCCAUAAAUCACGCCGCUGGAAAGCUUUUAGUACUAAACAUGGAGCAAGGAGGAUUUAAAGCGUAAAUCAGUAAUGCAAACAGAGCAACCGUAUAUAAUCCGCAAGCUUAAUUUGGUUUUAUGUUUCAAACGUUCGCUGGUAAGCAGUUGCCUCUUAGAAGAAAACGUUGUCAUACAUUUAAGAUGUUUACAUUUCUCAAUGUAAAAAACAACCUGUGCCUGAAACAACACGCGGAUCCUCGCAUACUGCAACCUUUGACCUUUCCCGUGAGAACUAAUAAGAGCUGUGUUCUGGAUUGUGUUAAAACUGAAAUUAAAAUAGAAGACGCAGUGCGGAUGCGAUCGAUCGUCUUUCAUUAGUUUUGUGUUAAAUAAUGACCAACAUACUUUUAUACUUUUUAAUCAACGCUCUUCGAGUUACAUAGGUCCACCUGUUUGAUUUCGUUUGGUUUUGUUUUAACAUCGUUUCAUGCGUUGACAACUCGUUAACCGAUUUCCGGUCCUGUUCCGAUAAAAGCUGUAGAAAUAAAGGUCAUGAAAAUUUCAAAAUGAUGUGCCGUAGCGGAAAGUCUUUUUCGGUACUGUGUGUUUUUAACAUUUAUUUCUCUCCAAUUCGUCACCCUUUUAUAUUGCCCGAAAUCUUGUGCGAUUAUAUUCCACAUAGGAAGAAUAAUCCAUAUAGAAUAGACUAUCUGAGAAAAUAUUUCCUGCAGAAACUUUGCUCAUAUUGGCAUGUUUUUGAAUUACUCUCUCUAAAACCACAUUCCUCUUAGGGGAAUGUUCUCAAAAAGUUAUACAUUAUCAACAGCUGCAGUACUUCUCACCAAGUAAUUUUUGUUAUUGUUGUGAAAACUGCAAAAGGACGAUUGGAAAUAUUUUAAGGUGCACGUUCGAUGCACUAUGCAUAUUUCGAUUGCUAAAAUUUGAAGAGAAAACAAAAUAACGAAGAUUUUUAUUUCUUUUUCAAUUUUAUAUAAAGAUUCCAUCUGUUCUUUGAUAUAAAUUUAGUUCAGAACAGAUUAAAUAUACGUUUAUAAUAAAUGAGGUUUUAAUAUAAAUUUUAACCAAUCCAUCAUUUUCCCUGGAGUAAUUAACAAUUAUGUCUUUAAAGCUUUAAAUGACUUCGAACUGUCAUCGUACUUUUAAGUACUGAACGGUUUAUCUUUCCUAAAAGUAAACUUUUAGAUAAUAAUUAUCCAAUGCAUUUGUUAGAUAUUACCACCGAUCAGUAAUCACCCUUUAAAAUGAAUGAUUUUCCGAUGAAAACCGAACAAACUCCUCCGUAAUGCCAGAUUUUAUUGGCAGCUGACCUGGAGAGCAUGCUUAUUACACAGAGCUUAAACCCCUCAUGUAAUCGCCCACUCUUUAAAACACGUAGGUCCUUCGAUCUCGCUCUCGAUGAUGAAGCACUCGUUCAGCAUCGCACGCAUGCCGUGUAACAGCUCCGCGCACCCCCACUAGCUAAAGAGCCACGUACGCCUCCUUCUAGUAGUCCUCGGACUUUUCAUUUGCUUAGAGGCAACACUCGCCCACGUACUUCUACGCGUCUACAUCGAUAAAAUCACGACGGGAAUUUAUCUCGUGUUAUUAUUAACCACUAUACCGCCAACGCAAAUCAUAUUCCAGGUCUAUUUUUAGCCCAAUUUUCAUUUCGUGUAUUUGUUCAAGUGUGGAGGCCUCUAGAGGAAGUAGCGACCUUCCUGAAAUGGCUUUAAACCCUUUUUGCCAAUCAAUUAAUGUAUUUCGGAGUCUACACCGUAAGACAUCAGCAGGGGAGCAUGGUUUUGAACAAAAGGAGCCCAUCGUGUAUGUAUUGUAGACCAUGUGCAAACAUCUGUAUAGAUAACUGUAUACAAAAUAUAUGCUCUAGAUUUUACGAAUCAUUCUAAUUUUUUUAAUGACUAACAUUUCAAACAUGGAGAAGUUCCAAUUAUAUGUAGCAAUAUAUCGCACAUUUCGUCAGGUUUGAGUUCCAAGGGAUAACGAAAUCUACACUCAGUUUUGUUUUGCUCGGUUUGAGUAGCCAAUGAUAGGGCCUAGCUAACACAAAUCUAUCCCCUCCUAUUUUCUCCCAGAUAAACUUCAUCGUAAUUUUUUACUCAGAUGUGUGCCUUUUCAGCCCUUCUUUGCCAAUAACACGGCUUUGUCAGCAAGUUAGAUUGAGACUAGUUCCAGACAAAAAGUGUAUAAAUCAAUUAAAAGUACAGUUCAAAUUAAAAGUACUAAUUACAUUAAAUAGGCAUCAACUGAGCCUAAAAAAAGAAUGAAAUACACGAUAAAACACAAUGAAUCAGAAAAUAAAAUCGAAAACAAACUCAAAAGAACAAAAAAAAAAUGUUUCAUUACAAUAAAGAGCAGCACAAAAAACGAUAUUAUUAAUUCUAAAAUUAGUUUUAAAAUUAUGUUUAACUUAACUACAUGUAUAUGCCUAAUAUAUUUUAUAUUGAAAAAAAAAAAAAAAAAUACAAUAAAAUAAAGUGCAGGUUUCAUAAAAUAUUCUUAUAGGCCAAUGAAUAAAUAAAUAGAUUAUACAUUUUAGCUAACCCAUUCAUUGGCUCCUGUGAUAUAAAAUAAAAUUAAACUGAACUAAAAUAGAAUUUAUAUUGCAUUAAAAAAAUUCAUAAAAAUAAAGUGCUGUUUGCAUGAAAUAGUGUUAAAGGCCAAUGCAUAAAUAAUUGGGAUACAUAUUUCAUCUAGCCCCCUUAAUUGCCUCCUUUGAUAGAAACUAAAGUUACACUAAACUAAAAUAGAAUUUAUCUUGCAAUAAAAAAGUACACUUCAAUAAAGUGCAGUUUUACAUGAAAUAGUUUGCUAUGCAAAUUUCACCUGACCCCUUAAUUGCACCCUAUGCAGUCAAGCGCAAAAACUGGCACAACAAAUUUACACCAAAAGCAGCAGGAAGAGUAUAACGAAAAUGUAUUUUCUGAAUUUCUACACAAUAAAACAGUGGGUAGUGUGUAUUGUUUUUACUUGUACUGUAUAUAUAGAAGACAGUUUCUGAUUGUUCCAUUGUGUAAAACGGUCUUACAAUGGCAACCCCUUAAGCUCUAAUAGUUCUUUGUUGCAGUAACUCUGUGGACGUUCCUUUUGUUCUGUAAACUUGAGGAAACUCCUGUUCUUCAACACAGUAAAUAACACUGUGUGGACGUCUGUAAGUCCACAUAAUGUUUCAAGUCCCUAUUAUAUUGUGUGGACUUAUUUCGUUCUCAGGUCCACACAUCGUAAUGUGGUGUUAAAGCACAGACACCACCAUUGAAACUAUAGUUUUCAAUUUGCCGUUAUCAAUGUUAUUAAUAAAGUUUAUAUGAACAAAAGUGGUCUACAUUUUCUUGCAACAACAUAAAGUGUGCCAUACAGUGCAAUUCUAGCUUGUUUGUAUGAGAUAUAAACAUUAAAUUCUGAAUUUUAAUGAAAUUGCUGCUCAUUGAUUUAUGGUGAGAGGAUGAGAAGGCACCCGACUAUAUUAAUACACACAUAAAUAAUAACUACAUUAUGAGAUUGGUUUUACUCUGGGCAACACUAUACAGCUAUCUAAAACUUUGAGAAAACUUUAAGAAGAUAAUGUUACGCCAUGAUUUGGUAUUGGAGGCGUUGACCGUUUUGUUUGUUCCUUUGCUUUAAAGGGAAGGUAUACGUUCAGUAUUUACACUUUUAAACUGAGUGACAGUAAAAACCUUUGGUUAGAAACCUAAAAGAGCCUUCGAUAGUAUCAAGCAUUUUGAGAAACAUUUCACUUCGUAAUGUAGUGUAAAAAGAGAUCAGCUUUCAUGCCCCCUGAACAUCACUCCGGAUUUUUGGCGAUAUCUAAACACCGUGACCCCCUUAUACUUAUGGAAAAAAAAUUCACUUGGUAUAGACAAUCGAACGGUUCCAUUGCUAU